CUGGUGUCGUGAGGUUGUUCGGGUGGACGUGCUGGUGGGCGUUUCUGCGUCUUGGUGUCCCUUCCUGCUGUUGCUGUAAGAGGCUUCUGUUUUUACCCUGCUUGCGACCAACUCAUCUCUGAUGUUUCUCCCUACGCUCGUGGAGGACAUGCAUCAUUUUAAGCCUAGUCGAGAACGACUGUACACCACCAGAUGUUGUGGAUGUUGCCAUGUCCGGACCGGGACCAUCAUCCUGGGAACCUGGUACAUGGUUGUCAACCUUUUGAUGGGCAUCCUGCUGACCGUUGCUGUGACCCACCCGGAGAACGUGCCCACCAUUGAUUUGCAGUAUGAGGUCAUCGAUCAUUACUUUGCCUCCAACAGGAUGUCCGAGAAUGCCUGUGUGGGGUUUGCCAUUUCUCUGCUGAUGCUCACUAUCAGUGCCAUGAUGGUGUAUGGAGCCAUUACUCACCGUGACGGAUGGCUCAUCCCCUUUUUCUGCUACCAGCUGUUCGACUUUGCUCUGAGCUGCCUGGUGGCCAUCAGCUCUCUCACCUACCUGCCCAGGAUCAAGGACUACCUGGACCAGCUGCCUGAUUUUCCAUACAAAGACAACUUGCUCUCCAUGGACUCCAGCUGCCUGCUGCUCUUCGUGCUCGUCUUCUUUGCCUUCCUCAUUAUUCUCAAGGCGUACUUGAUCAACUGUGUGUGGAACUGCUACAAGUACAUCAACAACAGGAACAUGCCUGAAAUCGCUGUGUACCCCGCCUUUGAGACCCCUCCCCAGUACAUCCUCCCCACUUAUGAGAUGGCCAUGAAGAUGCCGGAGAAGGAGCCUCCUCCCCCCUACAUGCCCGCUUAACCAGCAGCACCACUACUUGUUGCCAAAACAGACACACACAAACACAAAUGCACACAGCUUUGUCAUAUGCAUUCCUACAUUCCUCCCUGAAACACAUUUCUCAUCUCCCCUCUUCAUCCUCUGACCUGCUGUGUAUGUGCAAAACACGCCAUGUUCACCCGCUGACCACUGUGUUUCUGUCAAGUGUCCAUAGAUGAGUGAGAGAGGAAACGUGGAAAAGACUGAGAGAUGUGUGAAAUUGUAAUAAAAAAAAAGGAUUGAAUGAAUGAACGUGAUCGGAGAGCGAUGGAAGCUACCAGCCGAUUUUCUCUGGCAUUUUUGUAUGUCUUAGUAAAAGGGAAAUUUGUGGAAAUGGAACCGCUUAAAAUAAUUUUAUCAAACCAGCACCAUCUACCUGUGGAGUGAUAUAUUAGUGUAAAAUAAAUAUAUAAUGACAAUCUUCUUAGAGCCCUUAUUGUUGACUUGUGUUCCCUUUUCUCCCUGAAUAACCCCUCAGUGAAGUCGGUAGCAUUUUUGCUCUUUUUGUGUGUAUUUAUUUAGCUUUGCUGUGGUUGACGUCAUCACUGCUGCCCCCUUGUGUCGUUGACAAAUUGUUGUGAAUAACUUUGCAGCUUAGUCCGAAGCAGGAAAGUGACAACUUAUCUUUGUCUCUGCUUCGUUCUCGGCCAACCUCCGCAGCAAACAGCUGGUUUUGUGAACAUCUAGGUAGUUGCAUGCUUCUCAAGCUCUGUCCCCUCAACAUCACUUAUUGCUUUAAUGGUUAUAUGAUUUAAUCCUAUUAAAAAUAUUUGACUGAAUUAAAGAUUUCAAUAAA